UGAUUUUUCUGUUUUUUCUGAAAAGAAUGAUAUCUCUAGCGAAACAUGGCGUCCAAAUUGGAGAAUGCCCUCUUACUUUUAUUUUCAUUGUCAACUAUUAAUUGUGCCAGUUUUCGUUAAGAAACUGCUACUUUAAAUCAUAUGAAGUCUACUAUAUUGUGAAUAAAGCCAUUUCUCUCAAAUUCCUUCUUCGUUCUCACAGACCUGAAACAUUUAUAAGUUUACAUUGCCAUGCCUAAGCCACGUAAUAUUCGAAAAGUUCUUGACAUUGACAAUAACGACAAUACAACAAUUACCAUAAAGCAUCAGGGAUCUAGACCGCGCGUAAAUUUCGUUUCUACCACAGAAUCAGAUCAAGAUUCUGAUCAUGCUCCAGCAGCAAAAACUAAAAUUAAUGUUAAAAAAAAUCGGCGAAGGGAUGAUAAAAGUAAAACUAAAAUGAAAACACUGCUUAAGAAGAAAGAAUAUAAAUUGGAUCCGGAUCCAUGUAUGCCAAAUACUUUACGAUAUAAAAUAGAACUAAGCGAUUCCGACGAAGACAUCGAAGUAGAUUACUCAUCAGAUUUUCAUCGUUUAUUCGACGAAACAGCUGGAACAAGCGGUCGUUCAAAUUAUAAUAUUGGUCACAAAGUUGUAGUAAAGAAAGAUGAAGUAAAAUUUAUUUCUAGUCCUUACACUGAAGACAAAGAAGAUUCCGAUUACGAUUUAGAUAUUUAUUACGAUAUGCCAAAUAAAAAACGUUAAA